UUAUUUUUUCUCCUUUCAUCAUUUUUUAAGUAUUGCUUCUUAUUUAUUUUACGAUGCACCGACGCACCAUCUUCACUAAAUUUCACAUAAAAUCUCUCAAAUUACGUACUUCUCUCGAAAUCACGCGUACUACAAACGAUACAAACUGCAAUUCUUUCAGAGAAAAGGACACAACGAACAUAUAGCAGAGUGCGACAAAGAUGCAAUCAUAACAGUUGUAGUAACCUGAUAUUAUCAAACAUUUAAUUUUUCGAAGUUGGUACACCUGGGGUCUGAGCGGUAUCCGAAGCGAAAAAGGGGCGUGGUUUGCGGAUUUUGCACACACCAUGUAAUACUUCCACCAUGGGUGUACACUAACUUGUUUCUAUUGCCGGACAUGAUGUCAUAACCACUGUUCGUUUUACCAGUGCAGUUACAAUUCUGGCAAUAAUUUUUGUACUUGGUCUUAAACAAGAGUAAAACGUGCAAAGAUGGCUGAAGACUAUAGUAAGGAGGGAAAAUAUAAAUAAAAAAAAUUAAUUUGUAGGGACAAAUCAAAAUACAAUGAGUACAUCAGUAUUACGUUGCUUUUUACAGCUGGAUUUUUUAGGAAACAUUAAAAUAGAUUCAAAUGGAUGUGUGAAUUGCAUAAUUGAAGAUGGAAGACAGUUAAAAUUUCUAAAGAAGGAAAUAAAUUUUUCUUCUGAUACUAUAAAUUUUAUUUUUGAUGGAAAUCAAAUUUGCAUAGACCUUCCUAAAACAAGAAAAGAAACAUAUAACAAUGAACAACAAAAUCAAAAUAAUGAAUAUGUUCAAAAUCAUCAAAAUGAUGAAGAUGAUGAAAUUAACCAAAAUGAUGAAAUUGAUCAAAAUGAUUUAAAUGGAACUGCUACAACUUCAUCAUUCUUUUGGAAUGAUGCAUCAACAAAAUUGUUGUUAAACAUUUACAAGGACAUGAAAGAUCUUGUAUCUACAAGGAAAAUAAAAACUUAUAAAAUAUUAUGAAAACAUAUUGCACAAAAAAUGAAUCUUAAUGAUUACCUUGUUACUUCGUUACAAGUGGAAAAUAAAAUAAAAUCGUUAGAACGUUCCUACCAAAAUAUGAUAAGCAAUAAUAAAAUAACAGGCAGAGCACGAAAAACUUGUAAAUAUGAAGCGGAGUUAACAGAUUUAUUAGGAGAAAAACACUGUAUUCAGCCACUUGCUAUAUCAGGAAGAAAUGGUUUAAUACUUAAAGAUCAAUUGCAUUCCAAUAAGGAAAAUAAUACCGCAAUGAACAACGCAACUGAUAAUGAAGUCUUUGAAAAUAAUCCCGGUGUAUCAAAUAAUCUUGAGUCUGCUGAAAAUGUACAAACUGUACGAACAGAAGAAUUAUAAACACAUCAAACUAGAAUACGACAAAGUACUAGCAGUUCAUAUAUAAAUAAAUGUCAAGCAGUUUUAGAUACAUACAUUUCUGAAAGGAGUAAUGAAAAACAACGUAAUGAAAAUAUACAAGUAAUGACAAUAUACAGAUAACGUAAUGACAAUAUACAGAUUCUACAAGAAUUUAAAAAUAUUGCAAAAACUCAAGAAGAUUUUGUUAACUCCGCAAAAAUACAAUGGGCCAUAUCAAAUGCUAAAAAAGAUGAAAAUAUUAAAGUUCUUAAAGAAAUUGCAAAAAAUAUUGAACAAAUUGUUACAUUUCCGUUCAGAACAACUGUUUAAUUUUUAUUAGUAGUAUAUGUACAAUAAUGUUUAUCCAUUAACGUAUCCAUAAGACUUUGAAAGAAGUUAAAAUGCUAUUCCCAUAUUUCUAUAUUUUUUUUAUUUUUUGUAUAUUUUAUUAAGUACAUUAUUUGUCACAUUUGAUACAGUUUAAUAUAAAGUCUGAGUUAAUGGCUGCGUUUAGCAGAAAAAGCUGCUUUGUAACUGUUGAAAAUUCUUUAAUCUGAUUGAUUUGCGUACUUAGAUCCGGCAGAAACCAAGGGCAAAAACUAAUAGUAUUAAAUAAUUUUAUAACAGUUGCAAAGCUGCUUUUUCUGCUAAAAGCAGUCAAUAUGUAUAUUAU